UUGACAGGACCUAGUGGUGCAACUUGGAAUGUCAGACUGACUCUAAUUGGAGAUGCAUUAUUCCGCAAAGAUGGGUGGAAAGAAUUCAUGGACGCCCAUUCCCUAGAGGAAGAUGACUUGUUAAUAUUCAAGUAUAAUGGAUCGUCGAGGUUUGAUGUUUUGGUGUUUGAUAGGCAGAGCUUGUGCGAGAAAGAAGCUUCAUGUUUCGUCAAAACAUGUGAGCACACUGAUGUUGCAAGUAGAAGCAGGACAAAGAGGCAUACACCUAGAGAAUAUUCUUCACGCGAUGUGUUUGAGGCCUCUCCAACAAAGAAACCUAAGCUUGCAGCAACUCCAACAUCAGAGGACAGUAGUAAAUCUUUUUCACAUGAUGAGUAUGAGCCCCCAGCAAAAAAGAAAACACUUACAUCGACUUCAACAUCUGCGGACACUAAUGAAUCUUCUUCACAUAAUGAGUGAGAGCCCCCAACAGAAAAGAAAACUACGCUUGCUUCGACUUCAACAUCUAGAACACGGAGUGCUCGAGCUAAUGCCAAGUUGCGGUCCUAGGGGAAUCAAAUGUUUGUGUCAUUUGGUGUUUUCGAUAGUUUAGUAGAUGCUUUUUGACCAGGGUAUUUCUGGUAAUUUGAAGUUCAAAUUCCGUUAGUGUGCUGUAUGUCCACAGAAAAGCCUCAGUUUUUGCCUGAAUUAUAUAUCUUUUAAGAAACUGAGUAUGCUACAGUUUGCUUAAAAAUUUAAAAAAUUGGAAAACUUGACUGUUAAGAACAUCUGACAUCGAAAAAAUG